CCCGAUCCCCGCUCCAUCCCGAUCCCUGCUCCAUCCCGAUCCCGGCUCCAUCCCGAGCAGGAGCCAUGACCCAGGGCAAGCUCUCCGUGAACAGCAAACCCCCCGGCUCUGAGGGGCAGGGGGACAAGAAGGACAAUGCCACAGCCCCCCCGGCUCCUCCGUCCUACGAGGAGGCAACAGCAGGAGAAGGGAUGAAAUCCGGGAAUUUCCCCGCCCCGCCCGCGGCCCCGCUCCACCCCAGCUGGGCUUACGUGGAUCCCAGCACCAGCCCGAGCUACGGCAGCGGGGGGUACCCGGGGGACAGCCCCCAGCCCCGAGGGGCGCGGCUGGGCUGGGCUCCGGGCCCCAGCGAUCGCCUCUCCCUGCAGGUUUAUGCCAUCCUGAUGGUCCAGCUCCUGGUCACCGUUGUCAUCGUGGCGUUCUUCACCUUCUGUGAGCCGGUCAAGGGCUACGUCCAGACCCACUCUGCCUGGUACUGGGCUUCCUACCCCUGCUGACUGGCCCCUUUCCUUUGCAGGAGAUACUUCCCAUGGAACCUGAUCCUGCUCAGCAUCUUUACCCUGUCCAUGGCCUAUCUCACUGCAAUGCUCUCCAGUUACUACAACACCAAGUCAGUGCUGCUGUGCCUUGGGAUCACGGCCCUGGUCUGUCUGUCCGUCACCAUCUUCAGCUUCCAGAGCAAGUUUGACUUCACCUCGUACCAGGGCGUUCUCUUCGUGCUGCUCAUGGUGCUGUUCCUGGGGGGGCUGGUCCUGGCUGUCAUCCUGCCCUACCAAUACGUCCCGUGGCUCCACGCCAUCUACGCUCUGCUCGGGGCUGGCAUCUUCACCAUGUUCCUGGCCCUGGACACGCAGGUGCUGGUGGGGAGCCGCCGCUACUCGCUGAGCCCCGAGGAGUACAUCUUUGGAGCCCUCAACAUCUACCUGGACAUCAUCUACAUCUUCUCCUUCUUCCUGCAGUUCUUUGGCUCCAGCCAGGAGUGAGGGCAGCAGGGCAGGAUGUGAGGA